UGUUCUCAGCGCUGCCUCCAUCCCCAGACAUGACACAAACCGGGAAGCAAGGAAGGGGAUAAAAAAAAAAAAAAAGCCAGAACAAUUUGAUGCAUUUUCUAGUCUUUGCAAUUCUUAAGGUGGCGCAGUGAUUCGCUUGCAAUCAUCCAGCAGAUUGAGCAGUGAUACCUUAAGGGGGGGGCGUCAUUAUUAUUUAUUUAUUUUUAAUUUUUUUUCCCGCACGCAGUCUGUGGUUCGGCUGCAUUGUAUAGGGGCUGAGGCAUGGGAUUCUCCGGACGGUGAUUUGGAAGGAAGAAUGCUGUAGGCUACCGAGAAGGGGGUCUGCCUCUCCGCCUGUCUGAGGGGCUCGAGGACCACUGACCGUUCGCUUAUUGUAUUUGUGCACGGCAGACGGCAGAAGCAAGAGGAAUCUCCGGCACGUUCUUACCUUGUGGCUCGCGUUGUGCUGAAGACGAUGAAGCAGACUCCUUCCGCCAGAGUUCGUAUCAGCUCACCCUCGUAGUAGGCGCACGGACCAGGCUGGACUCUGCCCCAGCAAAUAGAAAUGAAGAAGAAUCGCCCAGCGCUUGACUCAGCGAACAGGUAAAGAAAUGACCGAUCACGGACAAUCAGAACAGCAUGCUGAGGAGACGCAACCUUCUCACCACACUGCUCAUUGUCCUGCCCUGGGCUCUUCUCCUAACGUUGUGGCACCAAAACCCCACCAGCCGCUACCUCACCAUUUCAAGAAAGGAGAUAGGUGACAAUUCCACAGUCAAACCCCUGUUCAGCAAUGUGACCCAGAGCAAAGAUGACUCUCUCCAAUGUGUCAAUCAGUUCCCCACGCGGGAGAGUUCAGUCGUGGUCAGGACGUACGUCUAUUCGAGACCGCCACCAUGGAAUGAAGAGAUUCCAGUCAUCUAUGUGAUCACGCCCACGUACACAAGGCCUGUCCAGAAGGCCGAGCUGGUCCGACUGGCCAACACUUUCCUCCACGUGGUCAAUUUGCACUGGAUCGUGGUGGAAGAUUGUCCGAGAAAAACAAAACUGGUGGCCAAUUUGCUGGAGAAAGCAGGACUGAACUUCACCCACUUGAAUAUUGAGAGUCCCCAUAACCAAAAAGUGGGCUUAUCAAGGACGCCUGAGGUCACCCCUCGAGGAACCGUGCAAAGGAAUCUUGGACUUCGGUGGCUUCGAGACAACGUCAAGGCUUUGAACUCUCCAGAAGGAGUUGUCUAUUUUGCCGAUGACGAUAACACGUACAGUCUUGAGGUCUUUGAAGAGCCUUUUGCUUGGAACCGUCCGGGAAGCUUCUCCUUCUGCUGCUGUAAUGUGAGAUCAGACAAGACGGCUGAAAACCUUUCUGAACAGGAGAGACUGACUAUUUCGCCUAUUUUUCUCGUUCCGGUGAAGCAUAUGCUGGUUCUUCCUCAGACAUCUGGGUCUGUGUACCAAAGCUAAUUAAAAUGUUCUCAACGCCUGACGCGCCGUCAAAUCCGAGACACUUACUAAUCAAGUUUCCGUUCGACUGACAAGACGCCAUUU